AACUCGGUUAACCAAAAGUGAAAUUAAUUUGUGAAUAUAUUACAAAAGCCGUUCUUAUUCGCACGACAGAUAAUUAAAAGCUGCUUAAUCAUUUGUAAAUCUAAGUAAUUUCAAUCAAAUCCCUGAGAUUACAAAUGCUUGACUUACACGGAGUAAUGAUUGGAUCUAAAUCACACAUACCCCCCAUUGACUCGAAUAGUCUGGCCAUUGACCCACUCACCGCCGUCUCCGGCCACAAACGCGACCACCGGGGCUAUGUCCUCCGCCUGCCCCAGCCUGCCGAAGGGGCUCUCGUCCACCGCCUUCUGUAUUACCUCCUCCGAUUUCCCCUCGAAGAACAUAUCCGUCGCCACCGGCCCCGGCGCCACGCAAUUCGCAGUUAUCCCCGUCCCCUUCAGCUCUUUCCCCAGUACCUUCACCAUGGCCUCCACCGCCGCUUUCGACGCCGCGUACGCUCCGAAUCCUGGUCUCAGCGCCGCCGCCAUCGAGGAGGUGAGGCAGAUGAUUCUCCCGCCGCCGCCGCGCUGGAUCCUGGCGGCGGCUUCCUUGCAGCAGAUGAACGCGCCGCGCGUGUUGACGCUGAAGGUCCUAUCGAAAUCUUCGAUCGCCGUGUCGAGGACGGAUGGAUACUUGGUGUCCAGCACGCCGGCGGAAUUGACCAGGAUGUGGACCUUCGAAUUGAACUCCGUCUCGGCCACGUCGAAUAGGGUUUUCACUUGGGCCGGGUCGGAUACGUCGGCCUUGACGGCGACGGCCCGCUUUGGUCCGCCGGAAUUGAUUUGGGAGACGACGAGGUCCGCGUGAUCUGAACUGGCGGCGUAAUUGACGACGACCUUCGCGCCGAGAGAAGCAAGGUGGAGGGCAAUGGCCUUGCCGAUUCCUCGCGACGAGCCGGUGACGAUCGCCACUCUGCCGUUGAGCGGACUUGCGGCCUCCGGGACACUUUUCGCGGCCAUUUGAUCGGCGGGUGUU